GUACCGUUAACUACAAUAAGUGAGACAUGUGACAGUGUCAUACGAUUUGCAAUCUCAAUCAGCUAGUUGCAUCUCUGUUCAAUGUGGACGGCAUCAGCCAUGUUCAUCGUGUGGAUAGCGACGGUGGAGUUCGUUGACUCCGUUCCGUAUGUGCCAAUUAUAAAGAUGCUAUUGCUGUGAAUUCCCAUGCCCAAACUCGAUAUCUGAGACGCCAUGUCUUCCUCUAUGCAAUCCUUUCCCUUGCAAGCCGAGAAACAAGCCGAAACCAACCCAGAACUCUACCAGUAUUUCGCCAGCUUGGUCUCCUCCUUGCCGAGCUCGAAAGGCUUGUCCAAUAACCAGCUCUACCGCCAUGACCAAGGUUGGCACUCCAGCUUCAUGCCCAUGGUUGGCUCCAUGGUCGCCGACGUGUGCUUCACCGCGCGCCCCUCGGACAUCGUCGUCGCCACCGUGCCCAAGUCCGGCACCACGUGGAUCAAAGCACUUCUGUACGCCACCGUGCACCGGAGCGAGCAGCCCGCGGACGCCGCCGACCACCCGUUCAACUCCUUCGGGCCCCAUGAGUGCAUCAAGUUCUUCGAGUACCAGCUCUACGCACACAAUAAGAUCCCCGAUCUCAACAAGCUCCCUGAUCCAAGGCUCUUCGCCACGCACGUCCCGUUCGUGUCGCUGCCGAGGACCGUGAUCGCGACAGGGUGCAAGAUCGUGUACGUGUGCCGGGACCCCAAGGACCACUUGAUCUCGCAGUGGGACUUUGCAAACAAGUUCAGGGCGAGGGACGGGCUGGAGCCUCUCUCGGUGGAGACCGCCGCCGAGAUUUUUUGCAACGGCUUGUCUCCGUUCGGGCCGUACUGGGACCACGUACUCGGGUACUGGCGUGCGCACUUGGCGCGCCCCAAGCAGGUGCUCUUCUUCAGGUACGAGGAGAUGCAGAGGGACCCUGCGGCGCACGUCCGGAGGUUGGCGGAGUUCAUGGGCCACCCAUUCGGUGUUGGGGAGGAGGAGGAUGGCGCAGUGGAAGCCAUCGUGAAACUGUGCUCGUUCGAGCACAUGAACGGACUAGAAGCGACCAAGGGCGGCAAGACAGAGCUUGCGGUCGGAACGGUGGCAAAUACUGCGUUCUUUCGGCGCGGCGUGGUGGGGGACUGGGCGAACCAUCUGUCCCCGGAGACGGCGGCGCGCAUCGACACCAUUACCGAGGCCAAGUUCAAGGAUUCCGGUCUCAGCGUCUAACUAGGGUGCAACAAUACUAUCACCGUGUAGUAUGUGAAGUUUCUUGUUCUACUACCUUCGUAAGGGUGUCCGGUUAUACCUUGUGUGUAUGCAACUAUUGCCCGAUACCGCUUGUCUGGAGCGAGCCCUGUACGUCUUGUUUAUGUAGCAUUGCAAUGCGAGACAGGAAUUUCCAUU